UGAAGCAGCCUUGCCAUUACCUAACUCCAUCCUCCGGCCUCCACUUCUCCCUGUGAUAACUCCUAGCAAAAAUGGGAGGGAGUUCCCCAUGCGCUUCCUGCAAACUAUUGCGAAGGCGCUGCACCAAAGACUGCAUCUUUGCCCCCUUCUUCCCUUCAGAUGACCCCCAAAAGUUUGCAAUCGUUCACAAAGUCUUCGGUGCUAGCAAUGUCAGCAAGAUGCUGCAGGAACUUCCGGUUCAUCAGAGAGCGGAUGCUGUGAGCAGCCUAGUCUAUGAGGCCAAUGCAAGGGUGAGGGACCCGGUUUACGGUUGUGUGGGGGCCAUCUCUUACUUGCAGAAUCAAGUGUCUCAGCUUCAGAUGCAGCUCGCCGUUGCCCAAGCCGAGAUCCUUUGCAUUCAGAUGCAGCAGGAGCCACCGGCGACCACCGAUCAACAGAUACAGCCUGAUGACAAGCCAUUUCUGAUGCAUAAUAAUCUUAAUGGCAUGCCUCAGUUGAUGAACUAUGGCUCCUCAAGCAAUGUAGCUCAGGAACCUCUCAAGAGUGAAUCUUUUUGGACAUAGACUCUUUUAUUGCAAUGAAGUAGU